CACAGACACUCCGGAAGUGAGGCGUUUAUUGACAAUAUGGCGACCGGGCCGUCUGAGAGGGGACGGGGCAUUUUUGGGUUUUGUCGGUGACCGCAGAUGUGGAUGAUCAAAGCGAAAGCUGUGCGCGAUAGAGUGUGAUGAAUGAAGGGACUCGGGAGCUGUCGGGAUGUUGUCUCUGAGCUGAGCGAGCCUUCACCGCUUCAGGUUCAUCAUGUCGUUCUUCAGAAGGAAAGCAAAAGGAAAGGAACCCGAGAGACCAGCAGAUGCCAAAGCCAGCAGAGCCCCAGCGUCGCCCCACUCCCCCUCUCCUAGCGGCCGUAAUCAUCAUGCUAUCCUGGAUGCAGCAGGACCCAGCCAUGUGGCCAUCAAUGCUAUCUCAGCCAACAUGGACUCCUUUGCCCGCGGCCGCACUGCUAUUCUCAAAAAACAGCCUAGCCACAUGGAGGCAGCACACUUUGGAGACUUAGGUCGCUCCAGUGUCAACUACCAGGUUCAAGAGACUCGCUCUCAGCUUUCUAAAACUGUAGAGCAGAUCUUGCGGGAUAAUGUGGCUUUGCCCUACUUCAUACAGUUUAUGGAGACCCGCUCAGCUGAGCACCUGGUCCGCUUCUGGCUUGAGGCUGAGAGCUUUCGAUCCACCAGCUGGUCUAGGGUCAGAGCACACAGCCUCAACUCAGUCAAGCACAGCACCUUGGCUGAGCCUGCGACUGCCCUUGAAUCCCCCGACUCACCAGACUCCCCAAAUGACCCCAGCAGACCCUCAGCUCUCAAUGAGGGAGAUGAAGAGGACACUUUCUCCUCGCGGACUUCCUCCAGACCUCACACUCCCAGCCCUCAAGACACUAACUCUCAUACCGUGGCUCUGAUUGGCCACAGGAACUCUGUAAGCUCAGAAGGGGCGGCCCGGCCUGGGACUCCCCACCUGCUACCCACCCUAAGGUCAGAAACACCCACCAGACAGCCCUCCUCCAGAACAGGCACUCCAGUUAAAGGGCAGUCUACUAGUGGCCUCUCUGAGAAACUUAUGAAAAGUAUAGAGAGGGAUGCCGUUAACAUUUUCACUAAGUACAUAUCUCCAGAUGCUGCUAGGCCAAUUCCCAUCACUGAACCAAUACGCAACGACAUUGUGGCGAAAAUCUGUGGUGAAGACGGACAGGUGGACCCAAACUGCUUUGUCAUUGCACAAUCUGUUGUGUUCUCCAUCAUUGACCAACAGCACUUUAGUGAGUUCCUGCGCAGUCAUUAUUUUUGUAAGUACCAGAUCGAGGUGCUGACCAGUGGUUCUGUGUUCCUAGCAGACAUUCUGUUUUGUGAGUCGGCCCUCUUCUACUUCUCUGAGUACAUGGAGAAGGAGGAUGCAAUGAAUAUACUGCAGUUCUGGCUGGCCGCAGAAAACUUUCAAGAUCAUUUGGCUGCUAAGAAAGGCCAGUACGAUGGACAGGAAGCCCAGAAUGAUGCCAUGAUUCUCUAUGACAAGUAUUUUUCACUCCAAGCCACAAAUCCGUUGGGUUUUGGUGACUCUGUACGGAUGGAGAUUGAAUCCAAUAUCUGUAGAGAAGGCGGCCCUCUCCCAGACUGCUUCAACACUCCACUAAGACAGGCCUGGACCACCAUGGAGAAGGUAUACAUGCCAGGCUUUCUGUCAAGCAACCUUUACUAUAAGUAUUUGAGUGACCUUAUCAACUCCGUACGGGUGGACGAGUUUAUUGGAGGAAAUGCCAACACUCCAGAAGGCGACCGCAACUCUAGCGUCACGGAAGGGUCACAAGCCCAGCAAGGAACUAAAAAAGUGGCAGUCAGGAUCCUGAAGAACUUUGAUGAGGCGAUAACGGUGGACAUCGCCAGUCUGGACCCUGAGUCUCUCUAUCAGAGACCGUAUGCUGGAAGAAUGACCUUUGGGAAAGUGAAUGAGCUGGGCCAGUUCAUCAGAGAGGCCGAGCCAGAGCCAGAUGUGAAGAAAUCCAAGGGUUCCAUGUUUUCUCAAGCAAUGAAGAAAUGGGUGCAAGGAAACUCAGAUGAGGCACAAGAAGAGAUGGCAUGGAAGAUCGCAAAGAUGAUCGUCAAUGAUGUCAUGCAGCAGGGACACUAGGGAAGCCCUGAAGUGAAGUCAACAAAAUUAUAGAUUUCUGUAUGAAAGGUGACCUGGUUCUGUUUUCGUCAGCUAUGACCCUCUCGUUCGGUGUGGAAGCAGCUCCUACCCUCUCUCCUUGUCGCCCCUCUGCAUAAUGACUGGAGAAGCAGAUGACCAGAAGACGAACACUGAGCUGAACUGCAUUGAGAUACCAGUGAGGACCUGAAAGAGGCAUUCCACGACUUCCUGCAUGUGUUUGUGUGUGAGAGCGUGAGUGUUUAGAUAUGCACACUAAUAGCCAAAAUAAGUUUUCUGUAUGAUCCACCCCAUCAUCUCUAGGAAUAGUUUCUUAUUUGAAGAGGAGUGUAAUGAGUUUAACUACAGACAAAAAUAAACCUGUAAACGCACUGCAGACGAACAGAACUAAAUCUCAGAACAAGACUGACAGGAGAAUUUCAAACUGUGCCUGCCACUGUUGCGUUUAGCUGUUACCGUGUCGUCCAACAGGAAGUGCACAAGAAUCUGAACAGGAAAUACAAUGUGGCUGUGACUUAAAUAUUUCCUUCCUUAGUUCUUAUGUCACACGUCUCUUUUAUCUUUCUUUUUUUUGUUGACUUUUUAAAAGAACGGCUAUGAAGUGCUUAGGCCUUUUUUAGUAAAAAAUAAAACAAAAAACAAAAAUGCAUAAAUAUCCAAGGUGGCUACGUACAGUUUUAUUUUUAGAUUUACAGUAUGCCAUAAUGGACAUAAGGCAGCCAGUGUCUGAGACUCUAGAGUCACUCUCUCAUGGUGACUCAUUUUACAGUUGAAACCUGAAUGGGAUCUAAUGAACUUGGGCCUGAAAAAUGUUCCCUGACUGCAGAACUCCUAGAACCCUGUCCAGAUCUGAUUCUAGACUUAGAGAUAUACAAACUGAACUGCUAGGACAAUGUUUAUCCCUGUUCUGUAUAAAUGUGGAUUCCUGAUUUUCCUCCAUAUAUUAAUGGUAGCUUUUUCUAUGGUGAUUGUCUUUUUUUUUAUGAUUCAUAAAACUCUGUCUAAGCAAAUCUCAAUGAUGACUGUUCCCUUUGUACGUGUACUUGGACAUAAAGUUAUUGCUUUGGACCUCAUUGAGAUGUGGAUGAGAAACAGGAAAAAGACUUUUGGUACUAUGUACCAUUAAUAUGUUUUCUGACAUGUGUGCUUAAUCUAUAAAAUAUUUAAAUGUGUUUGAUUUAAAUACAUAUAUUGUUGAAACGCA